AUGUCCUCGGGCGACUCGAAGCGGAACACGACGCACCGGCAGCUCAAGGCCAGACACAUUCAGCUGAUUGGCAUUGGAGGCACCAUUGGCACUGUCCUUUAUGUCCAAAUCGGAAAAGGCCUGCUCAACGGCGGCCCCGGCAGCCUCUUCAUCGCCUUCAGCUUCUGGUGCACCGUCGUGCUGGCGGUGACGCUCUGCAUGGCCGAAAUGGUCACCUACCUGCCCGUCUCGUCCCCCUUUAUCCGCUUUGCAGGCCGCUACGUCGACGAGGCCUUUGGCUUUGCCACGGGCUGGAACUUCUUCGUCUUCGAGGCCGCGCUGGUGCCCUUUGAAGUGACGGCGUGCAACUUCAUCAUCCGCUACUGGACGGACGCGAUCCCCACGGCCGCCCUGAUUGCCAUUGUCAUUGUGCUGUACGCCCUCAUCAACGUGCUGGCCGUGAAGUGGUACGGCGAGACCGAGUUCUGGGCGGCCAUCGGCAAGGUGGUCCUCAUCGUCGGCCUCAUUGUGUUUACCGUCGUCGUCAUGCUCGGCGGGAACCCGCAUCACGACCGCUUCGGCUUCCGCUUCUGGAAGCAGCCGGGCUCCUUUGCGGAGCUGUACUACGAGGGCGACCUGGGCCGCUGGCUGGGCUUCCUGCAGUGCCUCAUCCAGGCGGCCUUUACCAUUGCCGGGCCCGACUACGUGUCGAUGGCGGCGGGCGAGGCGGAGAACCCGCGCGUGGUGAUGCCGCGGGCGUACAACGCCGUCUUCUACCGGCUGACGGCCUUCUUCAUCCUCGGCUCGCUGUGCGUCGGGAUCCUGGUGCCGUACGACGACCCGGAGCUCAAGGCGGCGUUUGCCGACUCCAAGCCGGGCGCGGCCGCGUCGCCGUACGUCGUGGCCAUGAACCGCCUGGGCAUCAGGGUGCUGCCGCACAUUGUCAACGCGGCGGUGCUGACGGCCGCCUUUUCCGCGGGCAACUCGUACGUCUACUGCGCCUCGCGGUCGCUCUACGGCCUGGCGCUCGAGGGCAAGGCGCCGCGGUUCCUGACGCGCUGCACAAAGGCCGGCGUGCCCGUCUUCUGCGUCGGCUUCGUGCUGCUCUUUGCGCUGCUGUCGUUUCUGCAGCUGUCGUCCAACUCGGCCGUCGUGCUCAACUGGUUCGUGUCGCUGGUGACGGCCUCGCAGCUCAUCAACUUUUGCGCCGUCUGCGUCUCGUACCUGUGCUUCCACAGGGCGCUCAAGGCGCAGGGCAUCAGUCGCGAUAGCUUGCCGUACAAGGCGUGGUUCAUGCCGUAUGCCGCGUGGUAUGCCCUCGUCUGGACGUUUGUCAUGGCGUUUGUGGGCGGGUAUACCGUGUUUUUGCCGUUGCCUGGGUAUUGGAACGUGGCCGAUUUCCUAUUCUCGUAUGCCAUGAUCUUUGUCUAUCCGGUACUGUACUUUGGAUACAAGAUUGUGCGCAAGACAAAGAUUCGAAAGCCCGAGGAGGUUGAUUUGUUAAAGGACGUUGCUGAGAUUGAAGAGUAUCAGAACAAUUACAUCCCCACUCCGCCACGGAAUGGAUUUGAAAAGAUUCUCAACAGUCUCUUUUCCUAG